AUGAAGUCCAUCACAGUCCCCGAAGGGAUUGAAGCUUGGGAAAAACUCCUAGGCACUCCUGCAGACAAGUAUGGUAACUUCGGCGCCGAUGCAAUCUGCUCCAAAUUUAAACUCAACGGCAACGGUUUUCGCUGCUUCGACAAGCCCAAGCCCCCGACCACCAAGGAGCUCGCGAUUCAACGCUACGCCUCGGAGUAUCCGCCCGAGACAAUCUGCGCUCCGCUCAAGCUGAACAGCCCUUUUCAGUGCGCCCGCAACGUGGAGGUGCCCGCGACGACGCGACUGAGCCUUUCGGUCGCGGCGGCGCAGGCCGUGUUUGCGCUCACAGGCAUCGCGCUGGUAGCGCUGCUGAGGAAACUCCAGAAGCCGUCAACAACGACCUCGGAGAGCUUGUCAACUGAUGACGACCUGCGUUCCAUGGUGCAAAAGCUUCGAAAUGAGUUUCACUCGACGUUUGAUCAGCUUCGCACCGGCCAAGACCAGCUCCGCACCGGCCAGGACCAGCUCCGCACCGGCCAGGACCAGCUCCGCACCGGCCAGGACCAGCUCCGCGCCGGUCAAGGCACUCACGAGGAGCUCAUUCAAAAGCUCCUUAGCAAAGAAGGAGGUCGUUAG